AUGCGCAAGUUGUGUGGAAAAACAUUUAAAAAAAAUGAAUUUUCCAUGGAAAAACUUAUUUUUGGGGCUCCAAAAUUUGGCGGGUGCCUCAGGGGGGCUCAAAGUACGUUCAGUAAAAAUUUGGGAGCGCACCUCGCCGGAUUUUUUUCCGGAAUUUGCACGACUUUUUCUGGCGCGGAUUUUGAGUGUUUUGAACUGGGGACGCCAAUCGACACGACGUCACUUCCUGGUCACAAAAAAGUGAAACAUAAAUGUUUCAUCAAAAAGGGCAUAGAAGAAACAAACUAUGUCAGUGCUGAGGGACAAUUUUGGUGCAAAAAACAAGCAGAAGCAGCACUAGGGAGUCCUGAAAGUCACUUCCGGUAAAGUUGUGUAGGUCCAGCUAAUUAGGAUGACGACAUAUUCUGAAGAUAGCGAAGGAAAAUUUAUUCCUGCAUCACAACGACCGGAUGGUACGUGGCGAAAGGCGCGCCGGGUAAAGGAUGGGUACGUGCCACAGGAGGAGGUUCCCCUGUAUGAGAGUAAAGGAAAGAUUUUUGCCAAGAAGCCUCUCUUACCGGUGGGUAUGUGCCCCGUUGUGACGCAGAAGGCAAAAGAGCAAAAGCAACAAAAUAUCCCAGGACUCCUGGUACUCAAUAAGGCUGCCGGGGCUAAGGGAAAACCACAAAAAGUCCCAACGAAUGCCAAGAAAGCAGCACCCAAGGCAUCCCCACAGGGUGGUAGCACAGUUGACGAUCUCACGGACCAAUUGGGUGCCAUGCAAAUGCAGGAACAGGAUCCGGCCAAAAAGUUGAAAAAAUUGCGACGGAAAAUCCGGGAAAUAGAAUCAAUUGAGAGUAAACUAAAGUCCGGUGAACUAAAAAAUCCCGAAAAAGAUCAGCUUGACAAAGUGGCGCGCAAGGGGGAAAUUACACGGGAAAUUGCCCAGUUGGAGGCACAGGCGAGUACCAUCCAAUAGUUGCCUAGAUAAUAAAAGAAGCCCCCACGUAGAGACUUCCAAGUGAACGUAGAAGCAGCAACAGGCUGUGGACCAUCGUUAUCUUAUCGUUUUCUCUGUUUACGUGUUUAUUUUUUAUUAUGAAUUAUUUUGGUACAAAUGGGGACAAGACACCCCCACACUAUAACCCCCCCCCCAUGAAACACCCUGCCCACGGCUCAAUUCCGUGUGCGCUCUCUGCAUUUCCCUACCAACAUCUUGGCGCAUUUUCUUGUGGAGGUUUUAUCAUUUUCACAAGGUAGUCACACUUCUUUUAAUAGCAUGUUCAAUUUAGCCAUUUUUUGUAAUAAAAUUCUUUUAGUGACUCUGACUGAAAAACUUCUUCCUCAUUUGAAGAAGUAUCAGAAGGCCACCGUUUAACAUUUUAAUUUUCGGUUCUUUUUGUGUUUUCUAUUGGAAAAUAAAAAUGAUUUUCUACCAAUAAAAGUAUAUAACACGUUCUAAGCUAUCGUUGCAUUUUUUCAUUUAAUCUGAAAAAAAAAUCAUAAAAAUAUUUUUAUUUACAAAAUACAUUUGUUUUUUUGAUAAAAAUUCAAUAAAAGAAAGUAUGAAGAUUUCUAAAUGCCAAGGAACCAAGUCAUCUGUUUUAGAAUCUUCGUUUUUAUACCAUGAAAAAUAUUUUUAAAUUUAAACAUUAGGUAUAGAAUUCAUCAGGCGAUCUUCUUUUAAUCUGUGAAUUUAUUGCUUUAAAAUUUCAUUUUUUUUUUGAUUGCACUAUUUUUUUUUAUUUAGUCUUGAAUUUUUACCUAUUUAGAUGAGACUCAAAAAGAAGAAAAUGUCUUGACAAAUAAAUUCAAUUAAAUCAAUCAAACCUUCUGAAUUGUUUUUCCAAAAAACAUUUUAAGCCAAAUUUUGUUUGUAACUCUUUUAUUAGUCAAAUUCACACACAGCUACAAUAAUGUGAGGAAAAAAAUUGUCAAAAAUUUAUGUACACGGCAGUUUAGAACGUGCACCACUCCUUUUUUUCUCUGUAGAAUCCCUCAAUAAUAUUUUAUCUUAUUUUCCUUUCGGAUAUUUGAUGAAAAAGUUCUUAAAACGCGCAGGUUCUACAUCAAUUUUGGUGGCUGAGGAAAGCGAUUUAUAAAUGAAUGAAAUAUGAAAAAAAUCUGAGAAGCGUGAAUGUGAUUUUAGAGCGCAUUCUCCACCCGAAGGGAAAAGAUGUACGAAAAAAAUAGAUUAAUAAAGAUAUAAGAAUAAACUAAAAAA